GUGUGGCGGCCGAUGUGCCGAAAGCUGAAGUGCGACGCGUCCAACUUCGCGGACAUCUUCCUGAACUCGCAUGACAUCACCACGGCCCUGCUGCAAACCGGUGCCGCGGAGCACAUGCGAGCGCACAUUCGCAGCCGAGUUCAACUGGAGCGCCGGCUCCAACUCUUCGAAGGGGAGCAUGCUGCCAGGUUCUAUCGGAACGAGUAUCCAGAUGCCUCCUUGCAGAAGGCCAAGCAGUACGGUAAGAAGGGGAGAAAGGCGGUGCACCAACUCGUGUUGGCCUUUGCGGCGGCGAACGAGGCUAGGGCCAUGCGAUUGGUUGACCAAGAGGAGUUGGCCAAAUUCAUGGAUGAGGAAGAAACGGCCUCUCCUCUUGACCAUGGAAGCAUCUCGAACCAAUCCUUGGUGAGUUUGACAAGUUUGACAGCCGGCAUGAAGACCCGCGGCUUUCUCGACUUUCUUCGGAGGGCCUUCGAAUGCUUUGGCGACUUCAGCACCUUUGUGGCCGAAGGCUAUUCCCGACAGAUUCCCUGCGGAGUUUGUGCGGCCCCGGCGUACGUGUGCGCCGUGACCUUUUCGCCUUUAGCAAUCAAUUUGGGUCUGGUGGGAGGUGCUGACCAAAGCUUGUUGGACUUGCUUGAAGGACACGACCCAGUGGGAUACUUCCGUGCAUAUGUGAGUUUCACGCUGGGUGCAGGGGCUGGGAACAUCUGGGCCGGGAUCAGUGCUUCCGCGACUUGGUCGAUGGGUUGCGAGACAAGGCAAGUCUACCUUUCGAUUGGUGUGGGGGUGGUCUUCGCAGUCAUCAUUCCAGGGCAGUACAGCGCAU